UUGUACAAUAACUAUCGCAUAAUUAAGGAGUACCGUAUACCGCUACCAGUAACUGUGACAGAAUAUCGUAGGGGUCAACUUUAUGCUGUGGCUCAAGCAGCUAAAAAUGAAACCGGUGGUGGCGAAGGAGUGGAGGUAUUGAAACAGGAAAAGUUUAAUGGUUAUGAAGUAAAUGAAGGUGAAAAAAUGUGUGGUGUGUAUACUCAUAAAAUAUACCGUAUUAAAUCAAAAGUACCUGCUUCUGCAAGAAAAAUCCUCCCUGAUGGUGCUUUCGUUCUUCACGAAAAGUGUUGGAAUGCAUACCCCUACUGUAAAACAAUAAUUACUAAUCCAGAUUUCAUGGGUGAAAAAUUUUACAUUAAGCUUGAAUCCAUGCAUAAAAGUGAUCGUGGCGAUGACGAGAACGAUAUCAGUGAUAGUACUAAUGUUCGUACAUUUAAAUCAAAAAAGACAGGCCGUGGUCCAUUGAAGAAAGAUUGGAUUGAAACUGCGCAACCAAUUAUGUGCUGUUAUAAAUUAAGAGAAUUAUUUUGUUGGAUUGAUGGAUGGUAUGAUUUAUCAAUGGAAGAUAUAGAAAAAAUUGAAGAAGCAACAAAAGAAAUUUUACAAAAACAAAUAGCUGAAGAAGGAAAACGUGGCGUUUCUGAUGAUGAAAAUAAAACAAUUACAAGGCUUGUUGAUAAAAUGCAUUUGGAAUUCAAAAUUUAUGAUUCCAACUUCUAUGCUACAAAAAAUUUUUUCAUCAAAAGACUAAUAAUUAUUUUAAGUUAUAGUAAUUUAAUAUCUAAUUUUCAUAAAAUUAAUAUUACAUUAUAA